UCUGUUCAACAGGCUCCUGACAGUCGUCACACUUGCUAUAAAAUGAAGAUACUGAAGUGUACUUUGGGUGUCCUGCUGUUCCUGCUGCUGUCUAUCGGGAGCUGUACGGAACAAUCCACGCCGAGUAAGACUCCCCAGCAGAGGCAGCCUCGUUCAGCAGACGGGGGAGAGGAAGGGAAGAAAUGUGGUUACACCUUCCUGGUCCCAGAACAAAAAAUCACAGGGCCAAUCUGCGUGAACACGAAUGGCCCGGGCACUGGGAACAGGAAAGAUGAAGUGACCAGGAUGGACAUCGAGAACCUGAAGGAUGUGCUGUCCAAACAGAAGCGGGAGAUUGACAUUUUGCAGUUGGUGGUGGAUGUGGACGGAAACAUCGUGAACGAAGUCAAACUGCUGAGGAAAGAAAGUCGGAACAUGAACUCGCGCGUGACCCAACUGUACAUGCAACUGCUGCACGAGAUAAUUCGGAAGCGCGACAACUCGCUCGAGCUUUCCCAGCUGGAAAACAAAGUCCUUAAUGUUACAACAGAAAUGCUGAAGAUGGCAACAAAAUACAAGGAGCUUGAAGUAAAAUACGCAGUGCUAACUGACCUGGUAAACAACCAGUCUGUGACUAUCUCGCUGCUGGAGGAGCAGUGCCUGAGGAUCUUCUCGCGCCAGGACCCGCACGGGUCCCCGCCCCUCGUGCAGGUGGUGCCGCAGCACAUUCCCAACAGCCAGCCCUACGCUCCCGUGCUGCUAGGAGGCAAUGAGAUCCAGAGGGACCCGGGCUACCCCCGGGACAGAGAUGUACGGCCGCCACCUGACCCUGCCACUUCUCCUACAAAGAGUCCUUUCAGACUACCACCUCUGGCUUUGAUUAACGAGGGUCCAUUCAAAGACUGCCAACAAGCCAGGGAAGCUGGGCACGCCAACAGCGGCAUUUACAUGAUCAAACCCAAAAACAGCAACGAGCCAAUGCAGCUCUGGUGUGAGAACAGCCUGGACCCUGGAGGAUGGGCAGUUAUCCAGAAGAGGACAGAUGGAUCUGUCAACUUUUUCAGGAACUGGGACAGUUACAAGAAAGGAUUUGGGAACAUCGAUGGAGAAUACUGGCUGGGACUGGAGAACAUGUACCUGCUCACCAAUCAGGAUAAUUACAGACUCUUGAUUGAGCUGGAGGACUGGAGCAACAAGAAGGUCUAUGCAGAAUACAGCAGCUUCCGCCUGGAGCCCGAGAGUGAAUUCUAUCGGCUGCGCCUGGGCACGUACCAAGGCAACGCCGGGGACUCCAUGAUAUGGCACAACGGAAAGCAAUUCACAACACUGGACAGGGACAGGGACAUGUAUUCAGGAAACUGUGCUCACUUCCACAAGGGCGGCUGGUGGUACAACGCGUGUGCCCACUCCAACCUCAACGGGGUCUGGUACCGAGGGGGUCACUACAGGAGCAAGUACCAGGAUGGAAUAUUUUGGGCUGAGUACCGGGGGGGUUCCUACUCCUUGAAAGCAGUUCAGAUGAUGAUCAGACCUAUAGACUGA